AUGGGCCAAGAGGGAAGCCAAGGAGUAGUGAGAGUGCGGAUCAGAGAGCCAGGAGGCAGAGCACUGCAGCAGGCGCUCCGAGGGAGCGAGCUGCAGGCCGGUGGUGGAACUCAACGAGGGCUUCUGAGCUUGAGCUUUCAGCCCUUCGCAGUUCCUUGUGUUGGUGGGAUCCUGGCUGUGGCCACGGAGCGGUGUGGGCGUCUGCCUUUUGUUCAUCCCGGGACUCGCGGUGACCGCGCCAGGCCCCUACCCCCGCCUUGUGGGCGGGGCCAGCGCGACGGCCCUCCCGCCUCCCGGCGUGCCGCGCGCCGGCGCACGCGCAGGGGGCCCGCGGCGGCGCCCCCUGGCGGCGGGGGCCUGUGGGGCGGGGCGGGGGCGGGGCCGGAGGCGGGGGGUUGCGCUGGUGACGGGAGGACGCGCGGCCGCGGCGCGCUGGGCCGGCGGCGGCGGCGGCAGCGGAGGAGGAGGGCGCGCACGGAGCGGGCGGCGGCGGCGGCGGCGGCGCGGGAGAGCCACGAGCCGCUCCCUCGCGGCGUGCGAGCGGGCAUGAGGGGCUGUGGCGGCGCGGCCCGCGCGCGGCCUGCGGGAGACGGGAGAGGGCGGCGAAGGAAGCGGCAGCACGUGGAGCAGGACAGCCUUGGUGCCCGCGGCGCUGCCCACGGCGGUCACCUGACGUCUUCGUGCUGUGGUCUUGUCGUCUGUUUUCAUGAAUCCAUUGGUCACGGAUAUUUGAAGUUAAUGCCUUGCUGCAGAAGUCCCAGUGACGCUGUGGGCCCUGCCCAGACGGACCCCCAGACUGCUGCCGGCCUGCCCGCCGCCUCAGCCAGAUGCCCAGGCUCAGCACCCUACCCCGCCCUGGCCCCCCCCACCCCCCCACUGAGUAGGCCCCCUCCCCCAGGGUCAUCCGGGGCCCCUUGGGUCCCGGCUGCUGUGUAGCAUUUCCUUGCUUCCAAAUAGAUUUCUUUAAACCUUUUUUCUAAAUUUAGGUUUCUGAUUGUCCUCAGCAUGAGCUCUGCCUGCUGAAUGCUCUUCCGUCGUUGGAUGGGGAGUGGUGGGUGGGCACCAGAGUGGUGCAUGUGACCACUCAGGUCUUGUCAUCUGUGGCGCCCCUGAAGUAGUGCCCGUGGAGGCACAGAAGACCACGUGACGGAUGGUGUGGAGCACCGAUGGGCCUGUUGCUGUGCCACAGCCCCGCAGCCUCUGUGCAGGUCCCCCAGCUGCCCACUCUCUCGCUCUCUCCUCGAGGCCUUUGCUGUGGGCGUUGCAGCCCCUGUCUGGAGCCCUGUCUGCCCCAGUGCAGGGGCUUGGGCACGGGAUUUGUGCUGGUGCACGGCAGUCCCUGGCAGGAGCCCGAGCCUCCACCUGCUCUGGCUGUGUCACGACAACGUCCUGCCUGAGACGCUCAGCUCCAAGCCUCGUCCUGGGGAGACCACGGGCAGAGCAGUGCUGCUUGUGGCCGUCGUGUAGAACAAGCAGAGAAAACGCGCCCUAAGAUCUGGGCUGUUGGUCCCUGUGCUGGGCGUGCCCCCGACGGGUCUUCACAGUGUGGAACCACUGCUCUUUGUGUGUGGGCCAGAGUGGGAGCUGGCGCCUCGGUGCCCAGUGGUGAAGGGCGGUGACCACAGUGGGUCUGUCCAGCCCAUGUUGCACUUGUGACUUUUACAACUAAUACAACUUAAAUGCUUCAAAUUUUGAAUUAUUCUAUGAGCACACACUCCUGACAGCUGAACCCUGGCAGCUAUCACGUCAUCCAGAAUAAACCCUUCUUUUAUAGCUGGCCAGACUCUCCUGUCCCGUGUCUGCCUGAUCCUGGCAGCCCCGCCUCGGGCAGGGGGCCUUGCAGAGCCUCGCAAGGAGCUCUCUUGCCACCCACGUGGUGCUGUCCUCUUGGUCACCACAGGUCAAGAUUCAGCACGAGCUCAGCUGGGCAGAGCCGAGCAUCUCUGGGAGGCUUGGGGAAGGGGGCAGGGUUGUGCUUAAGACCGUGCCACUGGCUGGGUAGGCUCCUGGGGGCUCCCACCCUUCCUUGAGUUUGGGACCUGCG